CAAACACGGAAAUAGUGAAGGUAGACGUCAGCGUUGCAUAUGUGGAAGAUUCAUAAGUUUUUACCAAUAUAAUAUUAUUCGCUUGAUUGCACAGAUAUCUGUAUAGUGCAACAGGUGUUUAUUGAUUUGCCUUUUCAGUCUAUGGAUUUGCUUCAGCUGCUAUCAUGUGCGUGCAUCAUAUUCACCGUCGGGAUGUUCUCGACAGGAUUGACAGACUUGAAGAAAAUGAAGGCCACUCAGAGUGCGGAUAAUGUUCAGUUUCUGCCCUUCCUUACCACAUGCUUAAAUAAUCUAGGUUGGCUGUACUAUGGAUUACUAAAGGGUGAUGGAACGGUGAAACUUGUCAACACCAUUGGAGCCACUUUACAGAGCCUAUACAUCAUCUCCUAUUGUCAUUAUACCAAAGAGAAGAGGCGUGUGUUCACACAGACACUGGUGAUGGUGUGUGUGUUGUGUGUAGGCUGGUUUUAUUUCAGUGUGGUGAUUCCUCCUGGAAAAGCACAGCUCUCACAGCUUGGCCUCGCAUGCAGUGUGUUCACCAUCAGCAUGUACCUCUCUCCACUCGCCGAUAUCUUGGAGAUUUUGCGUACCAAGUCUGUGGAGAGGCUGUCUUUUUCCCUGACCGUCGCUACAUUCUUUACAUCGGCGUCAUGGACGCUGUAUGGCCUUCAGCUAGGAGACUAUUAUAUCAUGGUGCCCAACACCCCAGGCAUUUUUACUAGCCUCAUCCGCUUCUUCCUCUUUUGGAGGUUCGGUGCCAUCAUUCAAAACAAGCCCUCCUAUAAACUCAUCCAAGUCUGAGAGGGUAUGGAGAUUGAUUUAAUCUGAUUGAAAUUAAGUGCCUUCUCCACUUUCCUUAACCUAAACUGUGAGGGCUUAUGGUUCCUUGAUACCAGGCUGUCUUGAGGCCCUCUGAAUAACACUCAUGAUAUGCUUUAUUAAACCUCUCCCCUUCCCAUCUAAUGAAACUGACAAUUUAAAGAUGAAGUGUGUCAAUCUGUGCCACUAGUGUCACUAAGUGGAAUUGCAAAUAUAUCUUUUUGAAAAUACAUGUUGUUUAUAAUAACAAUAAUAAUAAUAAUAAUAAUAAUAAAAUACUGUGAUCAGUCAGGUUUUUCCAGCAAUAAUACUGACUUCUGUUGGUUGGCCAAACAGAUAGCCCCGACCGAAACGCACACCAUUGGUGAGCCGAUGUUGCUUUGUCAGGCCACUUAAACAAGGUUUUAUUGUGCAACAGUGUUUUCUCUUUUUGGAAAAUCAAAAAUGUGUCUGGCUCUGCAUUAAAAAAUGGCACACUUCACCUUUAAAUCUGGCUGAUAAAGACCGUUUUUCAGCAAAGAGCAUACUUCAAUACUCUCAGUUUGAUUGUCAAGUUUUGCCUGCAUUAUUCUAGAGACUAGUGUUGGUUAAUCAGUGACCAAAUCAGCAAACUUGACACACCCCAAACUCAAACCUGUUUACUGUUUCAAUAUUUCUCUUGAAGUUACAUGUGUUGUAUUAAGUUUAUUUUUUUUGCCUUGGGUACACAAGGUUCUGUGUGGCCUUUUUGCAAGUGUAACGCUUUGUUAGCUUCUUAUCUAAUGAUUGCAGUGUUUACAAAUUGUACGUUAAUCAUACCCUCCUUCCGCUUUGUAGAAGCAUUGUCAUGUACUUAAACUGUUAUCUAGUGGCAGUUUGGCAGCUAUUUAAUCAGUGCCCAACUUGGCAGAAAAGUUAAAGUUUCUUUCAAUCAGAACUUGGUAACCCUAAAGCUAAGUGCAGAAAAUGCACAGAACAGCACAACCCACUUCAGAGUUUUAAUUUGUCUCCUCUGUCCCAGCUGUAAUUUUUCACACCUCAGUUCACAGAUCUCUGUAUUGAGUAAAGCAUCAAGAUGCCAUUCCCAUAUCUGAGAAGAUAUUCCUUGCUCCUUCCCUGAAAGAGCAUAUUCUUGUAUUUUAUGAUAACUUUAUGAAGACUUUACAUGCACUUCAAAAAAUCUAUUCCUUACUCAGAAUUUUUGUCUUGUUUUCCAGUAAAAAUAUCAAAACUUUCUUAAAUAAAAUAAUUUACUUGAUAGGUAAAAUUGCAUAAGAUCUUAAGUCUUGUUUUAAGUUAAGUCUAAUAAAAUUGAAUGAGGUUUAUGCUUAAAACAAGAAACACAACUAUAGCCAAUCAGGUAAAAAAAAAAAAAAAUGGUUUAGUUUUUUUCUUUUUUCCUCUGAUUUCUCUGAAAACAAGACUUAAUAUCUUAUGCAGUUUUGCUUCUCAAUGUAUCUUGUAUCUUUAAGGAUGUUUAGAUAUUCUUAAUGGAAAACAACAAAAAAAUAUAUAUAUUUUUUGGCAGUGUUGAUUGAAGCCCAAAGUAUACUUCAGUCAGACACGAAUGCUGAGAGUCUGCAUACAGUGUGCUGAUGCAAAUGUAAUCAUCAGCAGAGUGCUUGAGCAUGGAAUGUGUCCAGCUUAGUGAAUUAGUGGGUGCAAGGGGUGGCAACACUCACAUUUGAGCUGUUACUGUCACGAAGAAGCGCUAGAAGAUUUGAACACUGCUAAAUAAAAGGAGACAAAGGUAAAUACAACAACAGUUGAUGUGCAUAUCAAGAGUGUGUGUGUGUGUGUGUGUGUGUGUGUGUGUGUGUGUGUGUGUGUGUGUGUGUGUGUGUGUGUGGAGGUCAGGAGAUACCUGUAUUUAUAUAACUCAAGUCUUAAGGACUAUAAAGACAUCUUUAUGGGUCUAAACUCCUGCAAAGAAACCGAAGUAUACUUUUAGGCUUUAGUUGUUUGUGCAUGUGCUCUGACAUGUUGCGCAGAGGCCUUUAUGUGAGGGCAACCUGAUUUCGAAUCUGGCUCGUGACAGUUCCUGACCCCCCCCAUUUCCUGUUUCUUCUCUGUCCUAUCAGUUAAAGGCAAAAGAAAAUCCAAUAUAAUAAUAGUAAAUAACUUUGAGAAAGGAGAACACUAAAGUUGCACAAAAUAGUCUUUACUUGGGUGAAUUUUUUCAAGGAUACUCAUGGAGCAAACAUCAGCAAAUUCAACAAGUAAUCGAUUUGUUCGCAAUGGGCUUUGUAAAUAAAAAAUUGUUGUUAUGAUUUGUAACUUUUUUUGUUUUUGUUUAUGUAUUUGAUAUUGCACCCAUUGUACAAUGUUUUGUGGUUUAAUUUAAGCUUCAAUGUCUUUAUAUUCAUUUGUACAAUUGUAUAUCCUAUGCAACAAUGUAUAUUACAUUAUAUUUAGAGGGAUGUUCUUUCUGGAGUUUUCUGAAAAAUGGCUGAAAUACAUUUUUAUGUUAAAUAAAUGUCUGGCUUAGAGAGACUUAGAGAAGAGUUAUGAGAGCUUAACAGCGGAAUGUGAGUUGAUGUUCUUUAGUCUCAAAGAGGAUCAUGCCAAUUGUGAGAUGAAAAUGCAUAUAGGCGUGUUGACAGACAUUUUAAUUUCUGUGGGAAUUUAUCAGAUGUUUGUAUUUGUAUAGCUCUUCUCAAACACUUGUUGGUGUAUGUAUUUUUUUGUUUGUUGGCCUAUUUGUAGUUUGUCUUCGUCAACAGGAGUAAGUGCAGUGGGAACCAUCUGCUUGCUGUUUCUAGUCUUUACAUGCUUUUCCUGCCAGCUGCUUAGAGAAAGACAUGAAAGAGGAAAAGUAUUGUUGGUGAUGAGUGUUUCUAAAAGAAAGAAGAGAAAAUUAUUUAGCUGCGAUUGGCAAAACUUUUAAUCUGAGUGUUGACCAUGUCAGUCUCGCACCUGAUUUUUACCUUACUGAAAUCAUGUUAACACCUAUAAUGUUCAUGUCUGGUGUCUAUACUUUUGAAGGGUUUUUUUUCUCCCCAAUUUGGAAUUUCCAAUUUGCUAAGUCCUCGUUGUGGCGUGGUGACUCUCCUCAAUCCGGGUGGCGGAGGACGAAUCUCAGUUGCGUCUGGGAUCGUUAAUCUGCGCAUCUUAUCACAAGGCUUGUUGAGCGCAUUACCGUGGAGACAAAGCACGUGUGGAGGCUUUACACUCUUCCCCGCGGCAUCCACCCACAACUCACCACACACCCCACUGAGCGCAAUAACCACAUUAUAGUGGCCAUGAGGAGGUUACCCCAUGUAACUCUACCCUCCCUAGCAACCGGGCCAAUUUGGUUGCUUAGGAGACCUGGCUGGAUGAAACUGUAUUUUAAUGUCUAUUGACUGGUCCCAUUUAUUUUUUAUUGUAAGUGAUUUUCUGUAACUGCAAAUUUAGCGUAUUUUGUUAAAUAAAUGAGAGAUGAGUCAAAAUAAUUGUUUGUGGUAAUCAACAUUAAGCCACAAAUGCUGUUCAUUGAGCUUGAUUUUAAUUUAACCUGAAACAUUCCUUUUAACCUAUGUGUUGUGUUCGUUUGUGCUAACACCAGCCCACUAAGAUUGUUUUUUAUUUAUUUUAAAAAAUUUUAAUCCCCUUUUCUCCCCAAUUUGGAAUGCCCAAUUCUC